UUUUGUCACUUGAUUUGGCGCAAUUUCCCAAAAACAUUUCAACGCGGAUUCCAUUGUUCCGAGUGUAACCCGUAUCCAAAAAAACCAGCAAUGACCGAGAAGGAAGUGACCGAUUCGCUGACCAAGCUGUCCCUGGAGCAGAAGCGGGCCGACUAUCUGGACUGGAACGAGUACUUUAUGGCGACGGCGUUUUUGGCCGCGAAACGAAGCAAGGAUCCAAACACCCAGGUGGGCGCGUGCAUCGUGAAUGACGAGAGGAAGAUCGUCGGAGUUGGUUAUAAUGGGUUCCCGAUCGGGUGUGGGGACGAUGACUUUCCCUGGGGGAAGAACUCGAAUGAUCCGUUGGAUACGAAGUAUCUGUACGUUUGCCAUGCCGAGAUGAAUGCGAUUUUGAACAAAAACAGUUCGGAUGUGAAGAAUUGCACAAUGUACGUGGCGUUGUUUCCGUGCAACGAGUGCGCGAAGAUCAUCAUCCAGUCGAGGAUCCGGGAGGUGAUUUACAUGUCUGACAAGCACGCGCUUAAGAAGUCGACGAUUGCCUCGAAGAAGAUGUUUGACGCCGCGGGGGUUAAGUACUGGCAGUUUGUGCCCAAGAGUAGCAGGAUUGUGAUAGACUUUUCGGAAAUUGACUGGGAUAAUUUGAACCAGCUGCCGGCGACACCGAGGAGAUGAGCUGACACCAAAGAAAUGUGACGCAUGUGUUUUUUUUUAUCAUAAACAGUUAUAAUUUAUUGAUUAUAAACUUCUCUUCUAUAAAUAGCUUGUGGAUAUA